AUGAGGACAAAGCUGGUUUCCAACCAGAAUGAUUCAGAGGUACAUGCAUUCAAACGUGGUUCAUUUCCAGCUCUGACACCACACCAGAGUGAGUUGCAUGUCAAGUUGGAACUAAAGAAAGGGCGAAAAGGAAUAUUCAUACAUGUUUCAGAGUGGAUGUGGAAGGUUUUGUCUUACGCAAAAACAAGCGAUGAGAUGAGAUGUACGUGGAGUUGA